AGAGAAUACAGAUCCUGGAUUAUUGAGCUACAUGGGAUUUGUGUGUUUCUUUCUAAUUAGUCUGUGAAUCUGAGUUUAAAAUUCUUUAUGUGGAAGGGGGUGGGGGAACAUUACUUGCUUCUAAAAGAAUAGAUGUCUCUUUUCUCUGAUAUUUUACACAGUUAUUCUGGUUAUCCUGUGCUCUGUAGAUGAUUUACUGCCUUAAUUGGAUACUGGUGUCAAAGGUUGAUUAGACUCCCUAAUAGAUUUUGGAUCUGCAAGAGGAUUGCCGUUUUAAAUGCGUGGUUAAAACAAUCGAGUUUGCCAUCUCCCCUCGAGCAGUUGAGAGGAACACUGAUGUAUUACAUUUGCGUUAUCUUCUCUUUGGUUUAUUAAUGUAUCAUCAUGAGGUUGUCGGGUUUGGUUUUGUUGUUGUUUUUUUCCCCUCUGCUAUUUCAUUUGCAGACCGAAAAGAAAUGAAUGUCAGAGAGGAUUUGUUUAAUCAUUUAACAGCUGACACAAGCCAUGUCCCUAACAAAACAUUGGUGAAAGAGUAGAAGAUUUCUGAGAUACAGCAGCUCUGGUGCCGUGAAGCCGCUUCAGCGGGUCAGGGGCAGCGUUUGCUGAAGGAUGCAGUAGCCCAGGACGAGGUCGAUGGCUUGCAUGGAGCUUCUCUACCUGGCCGAGGAGAGCAGGCAGAUGCCCCUGGGCACCGCUGCCGGCUGGAGCCUGCCAUCCCCCCCCUAUGAGCAGCAGCAGCAGCCUGAGGGGGGUGAAGUGGACCCCAGAGCAGCCGCUGCCGUGGCAGCCCUGCACUGCGAAAGGCAUUGCAAGCCCUUGCAGAGGGGCCCUGUGGCUGAGACCCCCCCGAGCACCUUUCCCCAGGAGCACCCUGCACCCCCAGGCACCUCCCAGCCCUGCCACCCACCUGAGCACUUGCCCGGGGAAGAAGACGGAGGGAAGAAGAAAGCCUGCUGCUGUGCCCAGGAACUCGAGACAUCAUUCACCUACGUGGAUGAAAAUGUAAACCUGGAGCAUGCAAGAAGUACCCCCAGUCCUACAGGCGGCCGCUGCCAGGAUGCCCCUCUGCAGCAGCGUUCCUGCAGGGAGCUGCCACCUGAGUGGGUGCACGAUUCUCCUUCCCUGGUCUCUGAGGAGGACGAUGCUGCCUCGGAGGUGGCGGCCGGGAAAUCUGUGGACUAUGGGUUCAUUAGUGCCAUUUUGUUCCUGGUGAGUGGCAUUUUGCUGGUGAUCAUUUCCUACGUGGUACCCAGAGAUGUGACUGUGGAUCCCAACACUGUGGCUGCCCGGGAGAUGGAGAGGCUGGAGAAUGAGAGCGCUAGGAUCGGGGCUCACUUGGACCGCUGUGUUAUCGCCGGGCUGUGUCUCUUAACCCUGGGGGGAGUGGUGCUCUCCAGCCUGCUGAUGAUGUCCAUGUGGAAAGGGGAGCUGUACCGGAGGAGCAGGUUUGCGUCCUCCAAGGAGUCUGCGAAGCUCUAUGGGUCUUUCAAUUUCAGAAUGAAGUCUGGUGCAAACGAUAAUAUGCUCGAGCUGUCAUUAGUUGAGGAAGAUGUGCUUGCCAUAGAUAAUUAGUGUGGUCAUGAUUUUUAAGGUAGUGUUUCUACAGGAAAAUAUGUUUCAUUAAAGAAAACAGAUGCGGCUAAAGAUAGCUGGUGAUGCAGUUUAUUUGUCCGACAAGAAUGGUUUUUUCUUAAGCUCUAUAAUCGAAUGUUUGCAGUAUAUGAGCAGUUGUUGUAAAGGGAAAACGUGCCAGAGAAAAUGCAACUGAUAGAAAAUAAUGAGAACCACUGAAUAAAAAGAGAUUUGUGAUAA